AGCGUAAUAUUUUUUCUACAAUUCUGAGGUGAAGACUUUGGAUCCCGACCAGUAUGUUAUGGACUUGAUAACGUUGUACGUGAGUCUGUGUUAUCAUGUGUCUCUGAACCCAAGGCUAAGUCACGUGGCGUGUCGCUGUGAUAUAUAUCAUGGUUAUGCGGCAACGAUUAUUGAUGUGAACUUAUGAACAUCUACAUCUACAUCCUGGGCAUAUGAAAAUGGUUCCACUCUAUCUAUGUUUCGCUGUUGCAACGCUCUGGUUGACCACCUCUGACGCUCAUUCUCCCCACGUCUAUUAUAUGGACGCAGAGUGCGGGUCCAGUAUAAGUGUCACGAAUGAUGUGAGAGUGCAGCUGGCGACCAACACCCACCUUCUCCCCAACUGGACAUGCUCCACAAGUCUGGAGGCGCAUACAGACGGUGACCAGUUGCUGGUCCGGAUCAGAAAUCUAAACACAUCACCGUCUGUUGACUGCAGUGAAAACAGUUUGAAGAUAAUCGAUACUGACGAACACAUAGAUAUAAACGGAGAGCACGGGGACUGUGGUUCCACACCACCAGUAAGGACUUUUGUCACCAAUGGAAGUUCAGUGACGUUUGUGUUCAACACAGAUGGCGCGAACCAGGAUGGCCAGUUCGACAUCCUCGUGACAUCCUUCAGUCUAUCUAUCAAUGGUACGUGCUCCAGUGAUCGCUUCCUGUGCGAUAACAGCCGGUGUGUGAGCUGGAGCGUCGCCUGUAACGGCUUCAACGACUGUGGCGACAACAGUGAUGAACUCGACGUUUGUGGUAUUGGGGUGGCCGCCAUAAGUGGAAUAGCCGUGGGAUCGUUUGUGUGCUUCGUCAUAUUGCUGCUUAUCAUCAUCAGUAGAGUAAGACGGAAGCGCUUCAGAAGACGUCAGGCCAGAAGAUCAACGGAUGUCCAGACCAAGCCUGGAUACGGAACCUUAUUUAACGGAUAAAAUCAGCCCACUGACCAGAAUACAGACUGAAUACAUGAACAGACACCAAGUUGAACUAGUUAUGGAAAUGACCAACGGCUGCCUGUGUACUGAGAAGAACAUCGAACAGUGGGCAGGUUCCUUGCAGAUCCUACAUAUGCAGCUGUCAUCACAGGAUUAGACUGCUGAUUGAGAAUAGGAACUGACCUUAUUAUGUCCAUACAUUGUGUGUGUGUAUGUGUGUGUGUGUGUGUGUGUGUGUGAGAGAGAGAGAGAGAGAGAGAGGGAGGUGUGUCUGUAUGUGUGUCGUUGUGUCUGCAUGUGUGUUCUUGCGUGUGAGUGCGUGUGCCUUUGUGUGUGAUGUUUACCUGUACAUAUCAACCUGUAUACAGUAAAAAUGUGAUACCGAA